GAAAAAGGACAUAACUACCCAUGCCCAUGUCCAUGUACGCCUGUGGCUGCUGCAGGAAGACGGGAGGAAUCAGAAGGAAGGGAUAUGCAUGUGUUCAAUCGAUCGAAUCGAGGCUCUGCGUGCGGUCGGUGGCGAUGGCUUGACGGCAUCUCACCCUCUAUCAACCAGUUAUAUGGUACACUAUGGAAGUAUAUUGCUGGGUAUACGGGGGGAGGCAUUGCGAGCUGCCCCUCCCCUUCCUACCGGAUGGCCCGAUGCCCUGAUCGUGAGAAGGGAAGUAUGUGACGGUACUUACUCCGUAAACUAAGAGAAGUGGGAGAUUGGCAUAAUCUGCUCGGUUCCAUCCAUCUUGGUGGGUUUUGCUGAAGUAUUUAAGCUGGUGCUGAGCCCCUUUCCUCCCCCUGAGCUGGAAAUCUUUCAAAGUCAAGACAAUUCAUCUUUUUCGGUGAGUGGUUGUGUUCAACCUUGCCCUGAUCCAGUUGUCGGAAUUGCAGAGCUAACCUGCCAUUCGGUGCUGUCAGAUAUCGCAUCUUAGCAUUUUAAAGACCUUACACGUCGUUAAAACUACACACUUCCAAUCACAAUGGAUUUCGUCAACAAGGUGACCGGUGGCAGCAACAAGGAGGGCGGCAGCAGCCAGAACGAUAUGCUCAACAAGGGCAUCGACGCUGGUCAGAAGCAGUUCUUCAAGGCUGGCGAGGGCGCCAACGACCAAAUCAACAAGGGCAUCGAUACUGCUCAGACUGUCUUUCUGGGCGCCACCAAGUCCGAGCAGAAGACCGAGGGCAAGCCAACCGAGGAGAAGCCAACCGAGGAGAAGAAGUAGGAUUGUGAUCGAUGAUCCCAGGAAGCACUGGAAGUCAGGUAAGCUGCUGCUCUGCAUGAUCUUUUCUGUUGUAAGAGAGACAUGUUGGCUGAUUUGGGGGUGUUUUUUGAUAGUCCAUGUGAGCCUUUCUAUGUAUGAAUGGUAUACAUAGUUAUAUAAAUCUGGCAUCUGGUUAGCCACUUGCACUGCUUAAAUAUAACAUAAUUUACCCAUUGAGAGAUAAACUAUAUCCCACGGUAUCCUUGAGAUCCUUGAGAUCCCCUAAUGAUCUUCUCCCCUCUUUCCUUUCUGUUUUUGAUGUAGAUCUAGCAUCGACCUUUAUCCGAGAUAUCUCCAGCCUCAAGCCGUAGUGAUCUUUAAGCAUUAUACUAACGACUAAGCGGUGGCCCGAUGACCUUUUUGAACCGGUCCAAGGAGCAAGAAAGUGAUAUCAAUCUCAAAGAGCCGGGGGUCAAGAGAUUUCAGAUAUGGACCAUUCACCAGCCUCGUCACC